AUGAAUAAUGGCGCAGCUACAACAAUUACUAAGGCUGAACAAAAUAACAUCAAAGCAAUUAUAGGAACUUCAUACAACAAACUUUACAGUCAAUUUCAAUCCGAUGAACUAUGUGAUGUAGGUAAUUAUAAGAUUCUUAACCAAAUUGGAGAAGGUAGUUUCGGGAAAGUCUAUCUAGCUUGCCAUAAGCUUACACAUCACAAAGUGGUCCUGAAGACAAGCGAUAAGAAAGAUCCUAACAUUGUACGAGAAGUAUUUUACCACAGACAAUUCAACUAUCCACAUAUCACUAAGCUAUAUGAGGUAAUAGUGACAGAAACAAAAGUUUGGAUGGCACUUGAAUAUUGUUCUGGGAAGGAAUUGUACGAUCAUUUAUUGAAAAUGAAGAGAAUACCCAUAAACCAAUGUAUUGAAUUAUUCUCACAGAUAUGUGGUGCUGUUUAUUAUGCACAUUCUUUAAAUUGUGUUCAUAGAGAUUUGAAACUAGAAAAUAUAUUACUUGAUAAAGAUGGGAAAGCCAAAUUGACAGAUUUCGGUUUUACAAGAGAAUGUAUGACCAAGUCCAUGUUAGAAACUGUAUGCGGGACAACAGUAUAUAUGGCACCCGAACUGACAGAGAGAAAAAUAUAUGAUGGAUUUAAGAUUGAUAUAUGGGCAUUAGGGGUCAUAUUAUAUACAAUGAUGACAGGUUCAAUGCCAUUUGAUGAAGAAGAUCAGGUUAAAAUAAAAUGGAAAAUCGUCAAUUCAGCACCGGAUUACAACAGUCCAGUUAUCACUGAGGAUGCAAAAGAUCUAUUAACAAGACUCUUGUCUAAGGAUCCUAUCAAUAGGCCAACCAUGAAAGAAAUUUUAGAGCACCCAUUCUUACGUCCGUAUGGUUCCACGAUCCUGAAAGACACCGAUGCAAUUAUUCUAAAACAGAGAGAUGGUACAUCGAGAUUUCACAGUAAAAGAGAGAGGAGAUUAUUAAAAAUGCUACGGCGGAGUGGAUUUGAUGUUCAUGCAAUUAAGAACUCUGUCAUAAAACGAAAAUGCGAUAAUCUGUCUGGGUUAUGGUUCCUCUUAUUAGAUGGACAGAUUAAGCACGACCAUACUCUUCGACCAAGAAGAAAUAAGUCAGUACUAUCUGUUCGAAAUGUCUUUGAUGGCCCAAAGUCAUCCCAUGAUAACGAAAACAAUGAAGGGAUCAUUAGGACUUCUCUGGAAUUAACGAAGGUUGCAUCCAUAGGUAAAAUGAUAAACAAAACAGCAGAUACAAUAUCCUUGUCACCAAUCAUACAUCACAUUAGUUACAGUAAUGAUGGAAUAACCGAUAAAGUGAAUACAAAUAAUUCUGUAGAAGAGCCUAUAAAUAAUAAAAAUAAUAUUAGGGUAUCUUCGAUGCCUGCAAUAAGGGAAAAUAAUAUGAGGAAGAACAAUAAUAUAUUUAAGAAAGUUUCUGAUUUUUUUAAACAAAAAAAAUACUUAAAUAGUCAAAAUGGAUUAACUGAUGAGUUUUUAGGCACAGAUAACCGUUCGAUGGUUAAUGGUUCUGUCACACAACGUUCUCAAUCAACUAACGGUUUAAAAAAGGCUAGCAGAGAUAGGGGUGAUUUGGAUAGUAAAAGAAAAUCGCAACUAACGAGACCUAAAAGUAAAACUGUAGUUGAAUUUAAAACUACCAAGAAACCUAUACAAGCUAGCAAUAAGAGUACAACAAGAGUUUCAUCUUCUGGUGAACCAAAUUUCAUUGGUUAUGAACAGCCAGUUGUGAAGCGUUUUAAAUCAACCACAUCUAGUGAUACCUCUCGGCAGGCUUCCUUACUUAACUACGAUGGCGAUUCUUUGAGAGUGGUACGUUCAUCGUACUCAGAUAUAAAGGUUUCACCCAAAUUGUCGGAAACAAGACCAUUAUCUAAUGUUUCACAAUUUUCGAAUGAUACAAACACAUCUGAUUACUCAACUGAUGGAAACACAACGUUUCAGAACAGUUUUGAUAGUUCUGCAAAACCAGCACUAAAGCAUGGAAGUUCUCAAUAUUCACUAAAUUCCAAUUCUGAACUUGGUGUGAAACCACCUUCAUCAAGGAAAUAUUUAAGGCGGAACUUAAGUGUUCGAUCAGAAGCAUCUAGUGCGUCUGAAAGAAGUUCAAGGACGGACUCAUUUUACGAUAUAACUACAACCACAACCCAAAUCAAACCAUUCUCAAGGAAUAAAAAUGUAGGAAACCCUAAGGAUUCUGUACUACCACAUUUCUCUGUUCAAAAGGGAAACGGUACAUGGCCGUCACCAAACAGUAAUAAGUAUAUGCUUCCUAGGAGAAGCUCACUUGGUCGCAGAAGAAGAAACAAGAAACCAAGUUUCUUAAACAACUCACAGCCUGGGGCCGACGACAUUAUAAGGGAGGAAUCAUCCUCUGUGGACGAUGAUUCAGAUAUACAACAAGGUAAUUUUACUUCAAAUAUUCAAAGUAAUAUAUUGGAGAAACAUGAUGAGGUUGUCGCUGAAAUCAGUGAUAAUGAUGAUGUGUCUCUUCCAAAUACUCAGGUCAUACAGCAUGGUCACAGUUUCAUAAAAAAUUCUAAUCCUGAAUUAUCUCGACGAGACUUUAGUGGAGGAAGUGAAUGGUCUGCUUUUCAAAACGAUUCUAAAUCAUUUAUCACAGGAACAGAAGAUGAAGGUUCCAUCGGAAAUGCCGACAAUGAAGAAAGUGAAGAUCAUGACGACCCCGAAGAUUAG